GUUUUUUAUUAUUUGAAAGAUCCAACAAUAUUAAAUAAAUUAAGUGGUGGAAAUUCAAGUUGGAGAUUAAAAAAAUAUUAAUGAUAUUGUAUAGAUAAUAAAUGUGAACGAUGUAGUAAUACGCAGACGCGUGUGUAUUGAUAAUCAAAAUAUUCAAAUUCUGAAAAUUAUUUUAUCAUUCAAUGAUAAGACUACGAGAAUAACACUUUUGACUGCAUCUGCAAUAGACUAACUUAAAAAAAACUCAUAAUCUUUGGCAGAAGUGAAUACAAUGGUUAUUGAUAAAAUGAAAAUAAUACGAGGACUAUAUGACUCAUGCGCAAUUUAAAUUCAGUCAGUUUAUUAUCGGCCAUGUUCGUAGAUGUACCUCCGAAGUGGUGAAUAGAAUUUGUUGAUUUUUCAAUAGUUUAUGUAAAAUUCCGGCCUAAAAAUGGCAGGGAAUUUGGGAAUGGAGCAACUUAUUCCCAUAGUGAAUAAGUUGCAAGAUGCUUUCACACAACUGGGUGUUCAUAUGACUCUUGAUCUGCCACAAAUCGCUGUGGUGGGCGGACAAUCGGCAGGAAAAAGUUCAGUUUUGGAAAAUUUCGUCGGAAAAGACUUCCUUCCCAGAGGCUCCGGAAUCGUUACUAGAAGACCGCUCAUUUUGCAACUCAUUAACGCCAUUUCUGAACAUGCCGAAUUUUUACAUUGCAAAGGAAAGAAAUUUGUCGAUUUCGACGAAGUCCGAAGAGAGAUUGAAGCAGAAACUGACAGAGUCACUGGAAGCAAUAAAGGAAUAUCCAAUAUACCCAUUAACCUAAGGGUAUAUUCUCCAAAUGUGCUAAAUCUAACUCUUAUCGAUUUACCUGGCUUAACAAAGGUUCCCAUCGGAGACCAACCAGUCGACAUCGAACAGCAAAUCAGAGGUAUGAUUAUGCAAUUCAUAAAGAGGGAAUCUUGCCUUAUCUUAGCUGUUACGCCUGCCAAUACCGAUUUGGCGAACUCAGAUGCUCUGAAACUGGCCAAAGAGGUAGAUCCUCAAGGUAUAAGAACUAUUGGUGUCAUCACCAAGCUGGAUCUCAUGGACGAAGGUACUGAUGCCCGUGAUAUAUUAGAAAAUAAAUUGUUGCCUUUAAGACGAGGUUACAUCGGCGUUGUUAAUCGAUCUCAGAAAGAUAUAGACGGUCGCAAAGACAUAAACGCUGCCUUAAAUGCUGAGAGGAAGUUUUUCUUUAGCCAUCCGUCGUAUCGUCACAUAGCAGAACGCCUAGGUACGCCCUACCUACAACGAGUUCUCAACCAACAACUCACCAACCACAUCAGAGACACCCUACCCAGUUUAAGAGAUAAACUACAAAAGCAACUGUUACAAUUGGAGAAAGAUGUGGACCAGUUCAAACACUUCCGACCGGACGAUCCAUCUAUCAAGACUAAGGCGAUGUUGCAGAUGAUCCAGCAAUUGCAAGUGGAUUUCGACAGAACCAUCGAAGGUUCCGGUUCGGCACAAAUCAACACGAACGAAUUGUCGGGCGGUGCUAAAAUCAAUAGGUUAUUCCACGAACGGUUCCCCUUCGAAAUCGUCAAGAUGGAAUUCGAUGAGAAGGAGCUUCGCAGGGAGAUCGCCUUCGCUAUUAGAAACAUUCACGGUAUUAGGGUGGGUUUGUUUACUCCAGAUAUGGCUUUUGAGGCUAUAGUGAAAAAGCAAAUAUCUCGGCUGAAGGAACCUUCUUUAAAGUGCGUCGAUUUGGUCGUGCAGGAGCUAUCAAAUGUUGUUAGGAUGUGCAGCGAUAGGAUGGCCCGUUACCCACGAUUAAGAGAAGAAGUAGAACGAAUUGUUACUACGCAUAUUAGAAGCAGGGAGCAAAACUGCAAAGAGCAGUUGUGCCUACUAAUUGACUGUGAAUUAGCAUAUAUGAAUACUAACCACGAAGACUUUAUUGGAUUUGCAAAUGCACAAAGUCAGUCUGAAAGCGCAACAGCCAAAGGCACCCGAGGCACUCUCGGCAACCAAGUGAUCCGAAAGGGCUACAUGUGUAUCCACAAUUUGGGUAUAAUGAAAGGCGGUUCGCGAGAUUACUGGUUCGUUCUCACGUCGGAGAGCAUCUCCUGGUACAAGGACGAAGAGGAGAGAGAGAAGAAGUACAUGUUGCCUUUGGACGGUCUGAAACUGAGGGAUAUCGAACAGAGUUUUAUGUCGAGAAGGCAUAUGUUCGCCAUUUUCAAUCCGGAUGGAAGAAAUGUAUAUAAGGACUACAAACAACUUGAAUUGAGCUGUGAAACAUUGGACGAGGUCGAUUCGUGGAAAGCGUCGUUCCUUAGGGCCGGCGUCUAUCCCGAAAAGCAGACGGAAUCAUUGAACGGUGAAGAUUCUUCCGGCGAAAGCGUAACCAGCUCGAUGGAUCCCCAACUGGAACGACAAGUGGAGACUAUCAGGAACUUGGUCGACAGUUAUAUGCGCAUCGUCACAAAAACCACCAGAGACUUGGUGCCCAAGACCAUCAUGUACAUGAUCAUCAACCAUACCAAAGAUUUCAUCAACGGAGAACUGUUGGCCCACAUCUACGCCAGCGGGGAUCAGUCACAAAUGAUGGAAGAGGUAAGCUCCGAAGAGGCUCAGAAACGCGAAGAGAUGUUACGGAUGUACCACGCCUGCAAAGAAGCGUUGAAUAUCAUCGGCGAUGUCUCGAUGGCUACCGUUUCCACACCGGUUCCUCCACCUGUCAAAAACGACUGGCUGGCCAGUGGGCUGGAGAAUCCCAGACUGUCACCACCCAGUCCCGGAGGACCUCGGAAGGCUACACCGCAGAUGAGUGCAGUAGGAUCCAGCGGUUCAUUGGGUUCCCGAGCUCCCCCUCCGCCACCUAGCAGCGGCAGACCCGCACCGGCGAUUCCCAAUAGACCUGGAGGUGGAGCUCCUCCGAUGCCUCCGGGCAGACCACAAGGACAGGCUCUUCCUGCACCUCUCAUUCCAACUCGAGUUGGUGGGCAGCAGGGUCAGGGGGGUAUUCAAGUGCCCCAGCAAGUGCAGAUGGCCGUGGGAAGGGCAGUCACCAAUGCCGCCAUCAACGAACUAUCCAACGCCUUCAAAUUCCAUAAGUAA